AAGAAACCAGUCACAGCUCGUCUACUUUGUGCUCUUGUGGUAUUAAGAACUUCGUAAAACAAUGGCCUUAAGGAAAUUGACCGAUAACCGGCCUGAGACGCCGUACUUCCGGCCCCCACCCAUUCACAUCCGGGUGUUAAAAUGUUGCGACCAGCUAAAGGUGAUCAGCUGGGACAUCCAGGAUGGAGGGGUCAAACCACUUCUAACAAAAAAAAAUAAAGUGGCCGCAAUCACCGAUGGUGAAACAGUGGUAAAAAUCACUUUAUUUGAAGAGUUCUCCUCCAAAGUGAAACAGGACAUGUCCUACAUGAUGAGGGGACAUGAGCUGAGGGGCCAAGCUCCCCCUUACCUCAUCAACAUCACGUCAAAGACACAGUUUUUUAAAGCUCCUGCCCUUCCAGUCUCAGAGGCCCUCGUCAAAAAGGCGGAGGAGCUUCUGGAGCCACCUUCCCCACCAACGCCACUUAAGAUGAGCCCAACAUCUGGAGGGCUCAUGACAGUGGAAGGGGAGGUUGUGGAGUGUUCGGCAGUGAGGACAGUUUUCUCAGGAAAACAAGUGGUGCCCAUACGAACGCUCCAGCUGAAGCAGGAUGGGCAUACCAUGACUGUCUCCUUGUGGAGGGAGGCGGCAGUUGUUGAUAUUGAUGUGGGAGAUCAGAUAAAGAUCUCCCAUGUCAAAGUGCACCGCUCUGCCUAUGGAGUACAGCUCCAGGCGACUUCGUAUACAAAGAUUGAGACAAAGGAAGAUGAAAGGACUGAAAUAACCAUAGUUGGUGUGGACACUGCAGAGCAGUGCAGUGCACUGCAGUCCACUCAGCUGCAGGUUCUCCUUCAAACGGGAGAAACCCUCUUCAUUGACGAGGAAAUGUGGAAGCCCUACGAGGAGGAGUUUGAGAAGGACACAAUCACCGUUGCUGUAAAAAUCAUAGGAAAACAAAUAGUAGACAUAAAAAACCCAGAAUAA